CCCUCCCUCUCCCUUCUCUGCCCGUAUCGCACUCUCUCCAUUUGUUCUCGAUAAUCCUUCUUCCUCUUCAGACCUUGCUCUCUAUCUCACUCUCCCCUUUUCCUUCCUCCCUCAUCUCCUCUCGCUAUUUCUCCCUCUUCCACUCUUUCUUUGUUUAUCCCGAGGAAUGCAGUAUGUGGCAGGCUGUGGCUCUCUGGCUGUUGAUACUCGCUACUCUGCUCCGGGUAUCAGUGCAGGGUCCCCACCAGCGGUUUCUGCUCAGGGAGCUGCUGAGGGACUACAACCCCAUGGAGAGGCCAGUGGCCAACGAUUCACAGAGUCUCACUGUUCAGUUCUCCUUUACUCUGAUGCAGGUCAUGGAUGUGGAUGAAAAGAACCAGAUCCUCACCACGAAUGCCUGGCUGCAGAUGCAGUGGUAUGACCACUACCUCCAGUGGAACCAGUCAGAGUAUCCUGGAGUUAAGAACCUCCGGUUCACUUCUGACCAGGUCUGGACACCUGACAUAUUGCUCUACAACAGUGCUCAUGAUAAGUUUGAUGCCACCUUUAAGACUAACGUGCUGGUUAACUCCAGUGGCUUCUGUGAGUAUCUGCCUCCAGGAAUAUUUGUCAGCACAUGUGCCGUGGAUGUGCGAUGGUUUCCAUUUGACGUCCAGCGCUGUGAACUGAAGUUUGGCUCGUGGACAUUUGACGGCUGGCUGCUAGACCUCCAAAUGAAGGAGGCAGAUGUGUCAGGAUACAUGACCAACGGAGAGUGGGACCUAGUGGAGGUCCCUGGAGGUCGUCACGAAGUUUUCUAUGACUGCUGUCCAGAGCCCUACUUCGAUGUCACCUUUGUGGUGACCUUACGAAGGAGGACCUUGUUUUACGCUCUCAACCUCCUCAUCCCCGUUGUGCUCCUCUCCUCCAUGACUCUGGUGGUGUUCCUGCUCCCCUCCAACUCGGGGGAGAAGAUCAGCCUGGGCAUCACAGUUCUUCUUUCUCUGACUGUCUUCAUGCUGAUGGUUGCAGAGAUUAUGCCCCCCACUUCAGAUUCUGUGCCCCUGAUAGGUCAGUACUUUGUCAGCACCAUGGUGAUUGUCGGGAUGUCAGUAGUGGCCACAGUCAUCGUCCUUCAGUUCCAUCACCACAGCCCCAACAGUGCACACAUGCCAUGUUGGGUGAACUUGGUUCUGCUGCAGUGGGUUCCUUGGUUUCUGCGGAUGAAGCGUCCAGGAGAGGGAGUGGAGCCUCCUCUUUCCAGCUGCCAAGUAGACUCUCAGAGCAAGACCCUGUCCUCUCCUACCACCACCACAACCACCGGCACCAUCCCCACGCCAGUGCCCUCCAACCUCCCCCAGAGCCUCAACUCCCUGCAGGCCAGCCUGGCUCAGCUCAACCACACUCUGUCACACCCACUGCCCCACCGGCCCAACUCUCAGGCUGUUAUCCUCCCUAAUCCCAUCCACAGAGAUCCCAGCCCCAAUCCACAUCCACAGCCCAAUGGCCAUCUGUUUUACAUGGGCUUCCAAACCUUCCAGACCACUGCGGAGCUGGAGCCAGUUCAGAGGAGCAGAGCCACAAGUCAUGGGAGGUUCAGCGGUGGAGGGGAAGGAGAGGGAGCAGAGGCAGGAGGAGGACCAGCUGGAGAUACACCCAUCCAUCACCACAUCCAAUCUUCCAAAUUUGGGAGCCCCCCACAGGAAACUCCACUGACCCUGGACCCUGAUCCAUUAACCACAUCCUCUGGACCCUGCGGCCUAGAGGCUGGGGUUGUAGCAGGGAGAUCAGCUGCUAUACAUACCCACAGCGGUGUGAUCCGAUCUGUGGCUGUAGACAACCAGCUGCAGGCUCUUCUGAUGGAGGUGCAGUUCUUAGUCGAACGCGUUAAGGAGCAGGACCGGCAGCUCAGUUUGGCAGAGCAGUGGCAGUUUGCUGCAGCUGUCAUCGACCGCCUGUGCUUCAUGGGAUUCAGUGUUUUCAACGUCAUCUGUACCAUCGCUAUUCUCAUGGCUGCACCCAACUUUGGAGAGGCUCUGUCAAAAGACUUCCUCUGACGGACCAAAAACAGAGAAAUAUGGGAGAGUGGGAGAUGUUUAGGAUUUGUUGGAAGAACAAUGGCUGCUAAUAACACUGGGACAUACAACAGCAGAUAUUUCCUAUUCAGUAAGCUGGAGUGGACUGUGAUGCAAAGAUGUUAUGAUGCUAUUUUGUUGCGCGCGCCAUUUUUUCACAAUACAAUAUACCUGACGAUGCUCGCAUUUGCUGUUCACACAUCCUCUUUGCAAUGUUUUCUAUGAAUGUUUGAUUGAUGUGUUUUGUUUUCCCACCUGCCCAAAACAGUCAAAGAAUUUUCUCAUGCAUUAAUUGUUUUGGUGAGUUUAACUUUUAACUGUCAACUGAAACCUUCAACAGAGCAGCAAAUGCUUGACUGGAAUAUGGAUAACCGUUUGUGGAUUUGUACCUUUCAUUUUAUAUUAUUUGACAGUGAAAUGAGAAAUGAAGAGUUUUGUGAAUGAGGAUCCUAAAAGAAAUCAUCCUAGAAUUUAUGUGAUAACUGGGAAGCAUGACUUUACCAAAAUUUGUUAUAAAGUAUUUGUACUGCCGUUGCCGAUGCUACAUGAAGAUGCUCAAUAGAGAAACUGGACACUGACGUGCUGCAUGUAAACCUGCAUUUCCUGACAAUACAGACCAUAGUCUGUGUGCUGUUUUGUUACAAGCUUCCCCAAAUACUAUUUAUACAGCGGUACACAGUUUGUUACCAGUGAUAGGUUUCAUUACAGGAUUUUAUUUUUUUAUGAGUUUUUUUAGAAUUGAUUUUUCUAUUUCAUUAAAGGUUUUCCCAAGGGUUCCCUUUCAAUACGAUGCCUAAAGUCAUUGUGAUCAGUAUUUAUUCCAACACUCUUUUAUCACAAUAAUAUAGCCUGAACAUCAUCCAUAUGUAAUGUGAUGACAUUGGUGAUUCAUUCUGCAGCAACUUUAACAAUCACGUUAGAUAGUACACUGAAGUGCUUACUAUGAAGUAAAAAAACGAAUAUCCCGAGACAACUACCGCCAGAGUUUUUAACCUUUAUUUAACCAAGAUAGGUCCCAUUGGGAUUCAAAAAAUCUCUUUUUAAUGGGACUCCUGGUCAAGAUAUGCAGCAGCACAAGAAAGUGAGUGUAAACAGACACAAUAACAGAAGAACAGACAAUACUACAACAUAUAACAUCACGAGGAAGAAAGUGCAACACAAGCCAUGCAUCCAGACACCCCAACGAUUCUGUCUCCAUAUCUUUCAAAAUGGAUUUGUUAUUCACUUUCUAUAAAAUGAAACUGUUCAAUGACAUGAUAGCUCAGAUGAGAAGGGUUUUUAAAGAACUCUGCCUUGUUUCCAAAUAUGGGAUAGACUUUGGCUGUCACAGCAUAGAGCAGAUAUUUCAAAGCUCUGGUUUUAUGCAUAAUGUGGAACAACAUUGUCCUUCUGUGCAACACACACACACACACACACACACACACACACACGCACCACAGCAGCAAACCGUCUUUCAUCCACGCACUCAGACUUUUGUGAAUGCAGAAAAAUAUAAUCUCUCUGACCCUGGCUGUACCCUGAAUGUAAACCGCGCCACACAUUUUGAGUGUCGGUCACUUUGAAUGCCAAUGAGUUGUGACAGACCGAGCUGUAAACAUUGUGAAAUAAACAGACCUUGUGUUUUGUACUCUCCAGACAUGCAUCAAAUGUCCUAUUCUCUGGCUCUCGUCCCUUCGAUUGAGUUUUAAGGACACAGAAACAGAGGACAGGAUGAGUGAGGGGGUGAGAGGAAAAAGAGCCAGAGAGAGGAGAGUCAAG